GCAGGUAUAUAAACGUCUGCAUACAGGCGUUAAUAUCGAGCUCUCAAAUUGUCAAAGCAACGGCCAAGUUAAUACGAUGUUCUCAGCUGUAACACUUGUGCUGCUCGUGUCAUGCUGCGGUGCGGCGUUAAGUAGCUGGAUCCCAUACGGGGAUGGUAACCCAUAUCCUCCUUAUUCUAAGCCAGGAUCCUAUCCCGGACCUUGGGGUUGGCAAGGGAAUGACGUCGGCUCGCAAGGUAAUGCCUUGCGCGGGUUCGGGAAUGCCGUUGGAUCACAAGGCAACGAUGUGAGCGGCUAUGGGAAUAACGUGGGCUGGCAAUGGAACGAAGUUGACGGGAUAGGGAAUUACGUUGGCUGGCAAGGGAAUUCAGUGAAUUAAGUACAAAAUAAGAAGAUCGCUUUAAGGAACGACUAGACACGAAAAUGUUUACCUGUGUUGACAAUACUUAAUAAAUAUUAUU